UUGAAGAAAGAGCGAUACCUCGUCCCCAGCAUGCUGCCGAGCAAGCCCAGGGGCAACACCAAGGAGCUCUACCGAUAUUUUACGUCUGAUUUGUUUUCCUCAGGACUGCAUCUGUGGAGGAAGCCGAUGGCCCGUCUUUACCAGUUUCGGUUUUUGCCGCUGGGAUUUUUUGGCAGGCUGAUUUUCCAGGUUCUCCAGAUGCCCAGCAUCCAAGUUUUGGGGUAUUGGAAGAGAGGGGUGCUCAUCAAGAGCAAGCGAGGUGAGCAUUGCUACUGCAUAUACAACGACACGACUUACGAACUUUUGAUCUUUGUUCAGGUUUUGAGUCUGGGCCAUGAGGCCGGAAAAGAGUACGCCGCCUUCAACGCGCUCAUCAGUUGCGUCGACACCCUGAUUGACAACAAUAUGUACGGCAGGAGGUUGAAUAUUUUUGUGCCGUGUUCGCAUUGCAUCGAGUUAGACUUGCCAAAUCCGACGCUGUUUCCGGUGGAAUCUUGUAUUUUGAACAUGAUCGACAAUGCCGGGCAGUCGCUGAUUUGCCUGCAGUCCAGCCCGUCGAUUCCGCCAAAACGUCGUUCGUAUCUGGAUUUUUUUUCCAGAAAGUCUCAGUAUCGACCGCAGGAGAAUCUGGACGAAAAGCGCGCCGCCAAGAAGAAUCGCGUUCCUCUGAGCAAACUGGCCACCGAUCUCGCGCUGACUUCGUUUUCCGAUCGGCUGGUUUCGUUCGAUCAGCUUUGCAUGGGCAAAAAAAUUGCAGAAGGUGGAUUCUCUACCGUGUAUAGUGCCACCUUGUUAGGCAAGACCGUCGCCGUCAAGAUGUUUCACAGCCAUCAACAGCAAAGUGCGGAUUUUCUGGCGGAGUCCUUUCGAGAGCUGCAACACGAGGUUUUCCUGAUCAAUCAGUUGAGACAUGCGAACAUUGUGGAACUUCGCAAUUUUUGUACCAAUCCGCUUUGCAUCAUUUUUGACUUUUACGACUUGGGUUCGCUGAACCAAUAUCUCGUGGAGAAGAAGAAGGUGUUCACGUGGUCGGAAAGGCUUCGAAUUGCGCUGGACAUAGCCGAGGGCUUGGCUUAUCUUCACAGACAAGACAUGAUUCACCGCGACUUGAGGUCACACAACAUUCUCAUUAAUUCUUGGGACGUUAGGGAUAUGCAGGUUCCCGUCGCCAAGCUGACUGAUUUCGGACUGGCGGCGAUAAUUUGCGGCUCGUUUCAGGGCGUCAAGGAGUACAACGAGUGUUGGACGGCGCCAGAAGUCAUGAAGCGUUCGCGGUACAGUCACAAAGUUGACAUUUAUUCAUUCGGCAUCGUCUGUUGGGAACUCCUCCAGAUAGGGUUUCCGUUUCAGGAGUACCACGAAGAACUCGGAGCGCCCUUUCGCUCAGAGCUAGAAGAAAAAAUCAUCGGCGGCUUGAGGCCGACGAUUGGCAAAAACGUCCACCCGGCGUACAAGAACCUGAUUGAGAGGUGUUGGCAAGACAAGCCAGAAGAGAGACCAGACGGCGUGGAACUGGUUCAUAUGUUGAGGGCCAUGAUUGAAGAAAACGAGCAAGCCCCGUGGGACGAUAGUUAGACGCGAAAGGGACGACCUUAUGUCUAGCCUCUAUGAGUCGUAUAACGUGACGUUUUUUUCGUGCAGCCGCGAACCAGAUUUGAUUGUGUGGAUCGCAUCGUCUCAAGACGUCAAGCUUUCAAUUUCUUGGCUUGUUCGAUAGAGGAGAGCGAAAAAAAUAAUUUUUUUUUUUUGAUUCCUCCAGAGGUGCGGUGUUUUGGCCUGUUCCAGAAACCUUCGAAGCGAGCUAGAGUCCGAAUUGGUCCAGCAUCCAUCUACUGCAAAUUCUAGGGGUGCGGGCCAGCGUUGGAGACCGCGAAGAACAAUGCGCGGAGAGAGGUGGAUCGAACAAGUUUUGUCUGAAAAAUUCUCUGUUUUUUUCUGUUCAGCCCUGCCGGAGUCUGGAACUGCGUGUCCACUCGUUCCCGAGGCAGAAGUCUCGCAGGAAUCGGGACAGUCGAAGGCGUCCUAGCGAAGUGCUCGAAAGAGGAACGAAGUACUCUGUUGCAAGCGGGCCACGAAAAUUUGAACUUUGGCGGACACAUUUAGUUCAUCCAUUUCGCAAUAAUUUGCUUAUCCGAUGCUAGACGACCAUGGCGAAACUGCUCGACACAAUUGGCUUGCGCAAAUUUUUGAAGGCUAGAAAACCAGCACAGAGCAGAUUCGGUCGGCAAUUUUUGUACGUUUCUCUCUUUACGAAACGUAUUCUGAUUUUAUAUAAUUGUACCUGUACAGGUUCUCGUGUCGAAAAGAACCGUCACCUUUUGGCCAUAAGGGGUAGAAAGGAAGCAUGGGUGCCUCUGAGCACUUACUGCUAGCUCUGGCGCACGCAUCUUGAGCCUUCAAACCAGACGAUCGCGACGUGGGUCUUAGAAUUUUUGGCCCAGAAGAAGCACAUGUUGUGCAAACCUUCAGCACCACGUUCGACUUCGUGUUCCUGCUGUGCGCAGUUUGUCUCUGAAAACGCGUGAAUUUUGGGCGCUUCAUUAGCAUAGCGACCGAAACGACUGUUGCGCGCUGAAGCUGUACAUUUCACAGCGGUGCGAGCGUACGCGAUAGAAAAUGGCAGCCAUCGAUCGAGAGGAAAAAAAUUUGAAAGUUUUCUAUAUACAGGAAAAAAUUAAUAUCGUAGCAGUUUUCAAAUGAU